CCCCAUCGAGCCUUUCAUUUUGAACCGGGCGCAAAGUGAGACCACACCCACUAGUCACUGCCGCGACAAAUUGACUCUCUCUCUCUCUCUCUCUCUCUCUCUCUCUUUCUCUCCUGUGCAAGCGGGGGGAAUGGGGAGCUCGAAGGACGAUUCGGCCACCGACGGCGAUAACUCCGGCGGCGAACUCCCCGACUCCGAUUCCAGCCUUUUCUCCGAAGGCGAAAAGGUCCUCGCCUAUCACGGCCCUCGCAUUUACGAAGCCAAGGUCCAAAAAGCUGAGAUUCGAAAGAAGGAAUGGAGAUACUUCGUUCAUUAUCUUGGAUGGAAUAAAAAUUGGGAUGAAUGGGUGGGUGCUGACCGGCUGAUGAAACAUACUGAAGAGAAUGUAUUGAAGCAGCAGGCCCUUGAUAAAAAGCAGGGUGUGGACAAGAAUUCAAAAUCAGGGCGCUCAGCACAAACUAAACCAAAGGCCUCAUCUGAGGCAAAAGUGGAUAAAGAGGAUACGAAGAACAAUGUUGCUAAAGGAAAGAAGCGAAAGACUGACUCGGGCAUUGAGAAGGAUAGUGUAUCUGUCAAAAAGCUCAUCAAGAUCCAGAUUCCAUCUACUCUCAAGAAGCAGCUAGUUGAUGAUUGGGAAUUCAUUACUCAGCAGGAUAAGCUUGUUAAACUUCCGCGUACUCCUAAUGUUGAUGGUAUAUUGACAAAGUACCUUGAAUACAGGUCAAAGAAGGAUGGCACGAUGACUGACUCAGUGGGGGAAAUAUUGAAUGGAUUACGUUCUUACUUUGACAAAGCGUUGGCAGUCAUUCUUCUUUACAAAAAGGAGCGCCAGCAGUAUAAUGAUGCAGUUGCUGACAAUGUCUCUCCAUCAACCGUAUAUGGAGCUGAACAUCUACUCCGUCUCUUUGUUAAGUUGCCCGAGUUAUUGGCUUAUGUAAACAUUGAAGAGGAGACAUUAUUGCGCUUGCAACAGAAAUUACUUGACUUUCUCAAGUUUCUUCAGAAGAAUCAGGGCACUUUCUUCCUCUCCGCUUAUGAUGACGGCUCUAAGAUUGCGGAAGGGAGUGGCAAGGGGAAGGAUAACUGAGCUGCAACCCAUUCUGUUUCACCAGUGACGCAGUCAUAUACUAUCAGAAGCCAGAAUCCUUUAGGGAGUUGAUUAACCUUUUUGGUAGCACUAAUUCUGCUUUGAGGAUAUUCUCGGAAGACGAGUGUCCAAUUUGUUUGUUGUUGUACAUUAGUUCAUUCUUUGUAAUUUCUUGGUAACAUUGAUUCAGCACUUUGAAGACUAAGAGAAUGAUUCUUACCAUAUAGGCGGAAUGCAUGUCUGUACAUUCUGUUGUGGUUUCCAUUACAGCAGGGAAGUUACAUAUACACUUGUGGCGUUAUUGGCUA